AUGGACCUGCUCUCGUCGGCGAAGGAGGCGCCGAUCUACGUGAGUGGCCUCAAGGAGCGCCGCCUCUGGAAGCGCGACGACGUCGCCUGCUACGUGUGUCAAAAGUACUUUAACAAGUACCGGCGAAAGCACAACUGCCGCGUGUGCGGCGAGCUUGUCUGCGACUCGUGCACCGAGCACCAGCAGCUCGUGGUCGUGCGCGGGCGCGGCGUCACGAACGCGCGCGUCUGCUUUGCGUGCGUCAUCCACGCCACCGACGACGACGACGACGUCGACACGCCGGCCGCCACCUUUGGCGCCAUGAGCCCCGCCCGCCCGUCCUUUGACCUGCCGUCGCGCCACCACCAUUCUUCGUCGCCGGCGCCGCGCGAUCGGAGCCCACCGCUCGCGUCCUCGAACGUCUCGUCGUCCGGCGCACCGCCGCCCGAGUGGGGCUACCCGUGGCCGUCACCGCCGAUCGUACCGGACGAAGCGCAACGGCUACGCGAGCUGUACAAGCUCAACAUUCUCGACUCGCCUUCCGACGACACGUGCGACAUCAUGUGCGAGACGGCGGCCAUGGCGCUCGAGACGUCCGUUGCUGCGAUCAGCUUUAUCGACGCCGACCGGCAAUGGUUCAAGGCGCGUCUCGGGCUCCUCCAGACGUUCAUUGCGCGGCACGUGAGUCUCUGCGCGCCGCUGCUCGUCACCAAAACCUCGAUUGCGAUCCCCGAUCUGCAGUUUGAUGCGCACUUUCAGCACAACCCGCUCGUGACCGGCGCGGCGGCCAUUCGGUUCUACGCCGCGGCGCCGGUCCUCGUCAAUGGCCAUGUUGUCGGCACAGUCUUCGUGUUUGACCAGUACCCUCGGUCGCCCGGCGCGUGCGAGCGAGCCCGCGAGACGCUCGAAAACGUGGCCACGUCCGUCGAACUCUACCUCGAAGACUGCCAGCUGUCCAUGGAGCAGAGCCGGCCGCAGGACCGGCGCCGGUCCGUCACGUUUGGUCCGUCGCCGACGCUGGACAAUCGCAUGUCGACGGCCAUGCUGGAAGACGAUGCGAGCGACGACGGGAUCCACAUGCGCGCGCCGUCGACGACGAUCCUCGAGUCGGAUGCGUCACCGCACCGGCCGCGGCGCGCCGACCGGACUUUCGACUCGAUCGACACGACCGCGGUCGGCGACAUGAGCGAAGGCACGUCGUUUCCGACCACAGACGUCGUCUUGCCGUCGCUCCAGCAACUCCGUGUCGACGACGAAGAGGAAGAAAAGCAAACCGACGACGACGACGACGUCCCCACCGAGUCGCGCCGGGGCGUUCUCGAAGCGCUCGAGAGCGGCGAAGUGUCACUACGGCUCCUCGAUUUGCUCACGAUUAGCGCGCGCACGCAGCAACAAGUGGCGACCAUGGCGCCUUAG